AUUACGUUUAUGACAUCGAAACGCUUGAUGUUUGAACUACUGCUAAGAUGUACUUGUCACAACGGAAACUUUGGAAAUUUUUCGCAGUCGCAUGCGGCCUUUUAUCGCUGAUGACCCUCUUCUUAUUAAGGCUGUUAUCGAGGUCCUGUAAACAUGAAGAAAACAAGGACUUCCCCACUGUAUCGAUGAUAAAUAAUGGUCACCCUCCAUUACAUCACGUGGACCGUUCUACUCCUCUUAUUUUUGUCGGCGGCUUUCCGCGAAGCGGAACCACUCUCAUGAGAGCUAUGCUAGAUGCACAUCCCGACAUCAGAUGCGGGCAGGAGACAAGGGUGAUUCCGAAAAUCCUCAUGGGUAUUUCAAGGAUAUUCAGCUUUGUCAGUGAGAAAGAAAAACAGAGAAGAGAGGAAGCUGGCGUUACCCAAGAUCUUUUGGACUCCGCUGUAGCGGUGCUGAUAGGAGAAAUCAUUGCUAAACAUGGAGAUCCCGCGCCACGAUUGUGCAACAAAGAUCCUUUAACUUUCAGGAAUCUUAGCUAUCUAGCCAGAAUAUUUCCCAAAUCCAAAUUUGUUUUCAUGGUAAGAGACGGACGCGCUGUUGUCCACUCCAUAAUGGAGAGAGGAGUUGUUAUUCGUGGCGUCAACAAUCGCCGUCCAGAAAUCCUUUUGAGAACAUGGAAUGAUGCCACAGGUGAGAUGAACGCUCAAUGUGUAGCGUUGGGUCAGUCAAGAUGUUUGAGAAUCCCCUAUGAGCAUUUGGUGCUGUUCCCUACUGAGAGCAUGGAAAUCAUCCUGGAAUUUUUGGAUGUUUCUUGGAAUGACGCAGUGAUCCAUCAUGAAACUAUGAUAGGGAAACCAGGAGGUGUCAUCCUUUCCAGCCUCGAAAAGUCAACAGAUCAAGUGAAAGAAGCUGUCAACUUGAGAGCACUGUACAAAUGGUCUGAAAGAUUAUCAUCAUCUUUAACGGAACAUACCAACAGAAUUGCUCCUGUCAUGAGAACUCUUGGCUAUGAUACUCGGAAAAAGUGGCCUGAUUACCGAAAGAUGGAUUCAGUCGUUACAAAACACAAUAAUUAA